AUGAGUUUUGUUUUCCGGGGGACAAGAGCAGAUAUUGAAAGUGGAUUCCCGGAAUUUAUACCAGAGCGGCGUGCAAUGCGCGUUCAUGCAUCACGUUCUGUCAAUUCCAACUCACUUGCUUUUCUUGUCACAGUUCUUUUGUUAUUCAUGAUACUGAACUCGCACCAGAUGUCACCUAAUUUCCUGCUCUGGCUAGUUCUUGGUGUCUUUUUGAUGGCCACAACGUUAAGGAUGUACGCAACCUGUCAACAACUUCAAGCUCAAGCACAGGCUCAUGCAGCAGCAGCCAGCGGCCUUCUUGGUCAUACUGAAUUGCGGUUGCAUGUGCCACCAUCCAUAGCCCUAGCAACAAGAGGGCGCCUUCAAGGCCUCAGACUUCAGCUUGCACUUCUUGAUCGGGAAUUUGAUGACCUAGAUUAUGAAACUUUGCGAGCUUUGGAUUCUGAUAAUGUUCCAGCAGCUUCUUCUAUGAGUGAGGAAGAGAUAAAUGCUCUUCCAGUCCAUAAAUACAAGGUUAUGGGUCUUCAGACUGGUGCUUCAUCAAUUCAACAAGCUUCAUCUUCAGCACCCUCUGAGAAGAAGCAAGAAACUGCUAACACAGUUGGGAGCACAAAAGCCUCAGAAGAUGAACUGACUUGCAGUGUUUGCUUGGAGCAAGUUAACGUGGGAGAACUAAUCCGCAGCCUUCCUUGCAUGCAUCAGUUCCAUGCUAGUUGCAUAGAUCCUUGGCUGAGGCAACAGGGAACCUGCCCAGUGUGUAAAUUCAGAGCAGGAUCGGUGGGGUGGCAUGAAAAUGGACAAGGUGGAAUGGAUCCUUCGUACAUGGUUUGA